AUGGCAGAAUUAUUCGAUAGCUCCUACGGUAAAGCAAACGUCAAGUUUUUAAAAGUUAGAAAAGACGCUCAUGAUCCAAACAUUCAAGAUGUUCUCGAAGCCAAUGUGCAAGUAUUGUUGAGAGGUAAAUUCGAAACUUCAUAUACCAAAGCUGACAACUCAUCAGUUGUUCCUACAGAUACUGUUAAAAACACCAUUUUGGUUGAAGCAAAAAAUAACAACGUUUGGCCAAUUGAAUCGUUCGCUGCUCAUUUAGCAAAACACUUCACUUCAAAAUAUGAACAAGUUGAAGGUGCUGAAGUUUACAUUGUUCAAGCCAAGUGGACAAAGAUUAAGUUGGAGGGUAGGGAUCACCCACAUUCAUUCAAACAUGAAGGACCAGAAACUCGUCAAACUUUUUUGACUUACGACUCAUUAACAAAGAAAUUAACCUUGUCUUCAUCAAUCAAGGAUUUAACUGUUUUGAAAUCAACUGGAUCUAUGUUUUACGGAUACAAUGUUUGUGACUACACUACUUUGCAGCCAACCGAGGAUAGAAUCUUAUCGACUGAUGUGUCAUCCACUUGGACUUUUGACCCAAAGCAAGUCAGUUCAUUAGAAUAUAUCAUGAAGAAUGGACAAGUGUUUGACCGUGCCUACAAUGAAGCAAGAGGUGUCACUUUGGAAUUGUUUUGCAAGGAGAAUUCACCAUCUGUGCAAGCAACCAUGUACAAUAUGUGUGAAAAGAUUUUGGCCAAUGUUAAACAAAUUGCUACUGUUACUUAUGUCUUACCAAACAAGCACUACAUUUUGUUCAAUUUGGAAUGGAAGGGAAUCAAAGACAACAAGGAGUUGUUUUACCCAUCAUCGGAUCCAAAUGGUUUGAUUAAAUGUACCGUUGGAAGAAAAGGCGAAAAGUCAAAGUUGUAG